UUAUUUAUUUUUAAUUUUCUGAACAUAUUCCGUAAUUCAUUUGGAGUUGAAAACACUUUCGUUUAGACGAUAAAUUUUCAGCUCAAUUCUCCAAUGAUGUCUGUACCCUGAUUUUGUAUUUUAUAUACAGAAUCAAAACUCAAUCGGAACUGAUAUUCUUAAUCCGUCGUCCGGUGAUUCUGCUCCGACUUCCGCCAUUGCCGUCUCGCAGUUUUCUUUAUAAUUGUAAGUCAAAUACGCGAUUUCUGCAUCCGAAUCUGCUCUCUGAAGGAGGAUCACUAUGUCGCUUUAUCGGCUGCGCGAUCCGGUUAUUGGCCGCGCUCGUUCUCUUCUCCGAGCUCGUCUAGGAGCUUUCCAUUCGUCUUCACCUAUCUCCUCUAGGUGUAGCACUUGGAAUAUACGAAGGUUUUCUGUUGCUGGUGAUGGCCUCCUCUUUAGGCCUGUGCCUUUUUCUUGUUUCACUGGAGCUUAUGGUCGAGCAUUGCAUCUAGAGCAGUCAGUUGGUAUCAGGUUUUUCUCAUCUACAGAUUCUUCACAUGCUGUCCUUGGAAUGCCCGCACUAUCACCUACAAUGAAUCAAGGUAAUAUUGCCAAAUGGAGGAAAAACGAAGGGGAUAAGAUAGCUGUUGGCGAUGUCCUGUGUGAAAUUGAAACUGACAAAGCUACUCUUGAGUUUGAAAGUCUCGAGGAGGGGUUCUUGGCUAAAAUAUUGGUUCCUGAAGGUUCAAAAGAUGUCCCAGUUGGACAGCCCAUUGCAAUUACGGUUGAGGAUCCAGAUGAUAUCCAUAAGGUCCUUGCCAAUGGUGUAUCAGGUGCACGUGAACCUGAUGUCAAAGAUAACGCAAUAGGGGAUCGACAGGAAAAAAAUGAGGACAGGGCACAAGCAAGUUCUGCAGAGAUAAACCCGUCAAAACUUCCCCCUCAUAUUGUACUUGAAAUGCCAGCUUUAUCUCCAACUAUGAACCAAGGUAAUAUUGCUAUUUGGAGAAAGAAAGAGGGAGACAAGAUUGAGGUGGGUGAUGUGAUAUGCGAGAUAGAGACAGACAAGGCUACCCUUGAAUUUGAAUGUCUUGAAGAAGGGUAUCUGGCUAAGAUACUAGCACCUGAAGGCUCAAAGGAUGUGCCUGUUGGAAAACCGAUUGCAAUUACAGUUGAAGACCCUGCAGAUGUUGAAUCUGUAAAAAGUGCUGUUAGUAGUAGUUCGGGGAUCAAAGAGGACAAGCCUGCCCAAAGUACUGUUAAAAAUGAAGGUGGAACACCAAAAGGAGGAAUUGUUGCAAGAAUAAGUCCUGCUGCAAAGUUGUUAAUUGCGGAACAUGGUCUGGAUGCAUCAUCAUUGAAGGCAUCGGGUUCUCAUGGCACACUGUUGAAAGGGGAUGUUCUGGCUGCCAUUAAAUCAGGGAAAGGCUCAUCAGAAGUUUCUUUGUCCGUAGAGAAAAGAUCUCCUGAAGUCCGUUCGCAGGCUUCUUCCACGGCUUCAUCAGAAUCAAAAUCUUCAGUAAAGCAAUCUGAUGCUUUUGAAGAUUUACCUAAUAGUCAAAUUCGCAAGGUUAUCGCUAAAAGAUUAUUGGAAUCAAAACAAAAUACGCCGCAUCUAUAUUUGUCCACAGAUGUCAUAUUGGAUCCUCUUCUUUCACUUAGAAAAGAUCUUAAAGAGAAACAUGAUGUCAAAGUUUCCGUGAAUGAUAUUGUCAUCAAAGCCGUAGCAGUUGCUCUGCGAAAUGUGCCUGGAGCCAAUGCUUAUUGGGACAACACGAAAGGAGAAGUUGUCUUCUGUGACUCUGUUGACAUAUCGAUUGCAGUAGCUACUGAGAAGGGCUUAAUGACUCCAAUUGUGAGGAAUGCCGAUCAGAAGACCUUAUCGGCUAUUUCUUCAGAGGUCAAGGAGUUGGCUGAAAAGGCUCGUACAGGAAAGCUCAAACCAGAUGAAUUCCAAGGAGGCACUUUCAGCAUUUCAAAUCUAGGGAUGUUCCCGGUGGAUCAAUUUUGUGCUAUAAUUAAUCCUCCACAGGCUGGAAUUCUUGCUGUAGGCAGAGGUAACAAAGUUGUUGAGCCAGUAAUUGUUGAUGGAAUUGAGAGACCUGUGGUAGUCAACAAAAUGAAUCUGACAUUGUCCGCUGAUCAUCGUGUCUUCGAUGGAAAAGUUGGAGGUGAAUUCCUCACAGCUUUACAAGCAAAUUUCAGCAAUAUCCAAAGACUGCUAUUGUAACGUGCUUUCAUGGAGAUGAGAGGGAUUUCUGAAACCUUCUAAUUUAUUUCACAAAAUGUGAGAAGUAUCAUCUCCCAUUGAUUUUGGGAUUGAAUAUAGUGAUGCAGCUUUUGCCUCUUUUCAACUUCAAAAGUUUUGGUGGUUCACACGGUUGGAACUGAACUGUCUUCAACACAGCCAAACUUCGAGGUGCCAUUUAAUUAAGCAACCUUUUCCAUGA